AGUAAAACACUGUUUUAUAGUCGUUUCACACCGUUUAAGACGCCGUUCUUGACAGCCAGAAUGGUUAACAUGAGUAAAACUGAAAAUAUUUAUUAUUUUUUUUAUUAGAAUGAAAAAAUUGUUUUAUUAAUAACCGAAGAAGAAUUUCAAUAUCUUGAAUUAAUAAUUAAUAUAACAAAUUUAAUUAAUGCAGAAGAUAUAUCAAGUUUAUUUUCCUUACAAGAAGAAACAACAGUUAUAAAUUCUGUUCGUACACAAGUACAACAAGCAGGUUUAACAUAUACAAAACCUGUUGCUUGGGAAUUUUUUCUUAGAAAUGUUAAAGAAAAUAUUCGUGUUGUUAUUUUAAUAAAUGAAAUUAAUAAUAAAUUAUGUCUUGAUUAUCCAUCAAUAUUUAAUAAUAUAUCAUUAAUUUAUUGGCAACAUUGGAAUACUAAAACACUUGUACAAAAUAGUCUUUAUCAUUUAAAAGAUGUUCAAUGGUUAGAUAAAAAUACACGUGAAAAUACAGCUCAUCUUCUUGCAUCAAUGCAUCUUUCAAUUCGACGAGCAAAUGAAAAUAAUACACAGAAAUUACCACAUAUUAAUAAUCAUACAUUUACAAAAUUUGUUGAAAAAUUUGUAAAGCUAAUCAAUGAAAAAUCAUCAAGUGUUCAUGAAAAUCAUUGUGAUGUUCAACGUCUUCUUGAACAAAUUCAAUAUCAACAUGAAACAUCAAUUAAAUUAGAAAAAGAAUUACAGCAAGAAAAAACUGUGCUUGAAGAAAGACUGAAAAGCACUGUACGUAUGUUAGUUCAAAUAGGUCAAGAUAUGGUUACAGCUGAACAACAAAUUCGUGCUCAUAAAUCUCAAACACGACGAACAGUUCAAUUAAAACGAUUACUACCUGAAUAUGAAUUAACACAAGAAAAAAAUCUUUAUAAAUGUUUAGCUAUUGCAACUGAUGCAAGAAAAUUAAUUGAACAACUUGAUAUGAAAUCAUUACAAGAAUUAAGAUUAGUUACUAAAGCAGAAAAACCAGUUGAAGAUACAUUAGCUGCUAUUAUUAUGAUUUUAAAAUCUCCAACAGCUGAUAUAACAUGGCAAAAAGGUGCGAAAAGACAGUUAGCUAAUCUUGAUAGAUUUAUUGAAGAAACUCAAUUAUUUGAUAAAAUUAAUUUAACAGAAGAACAUAUUAAGUUAAUUAGUGGAAUUAUUGAUAAUGUUCAACUUGAAAAUUCAUCACUUAAUCAAACAUCUUAUUAUAAUGCUAUUUUAACACUUUAUAAAUGGGUUAAACGAGUUUUACAAUAUCAUACAGUUUUACUUAAAAAAGUUCGACCAAUACAUCAGAAAUAUAAAGAAAUUGAAGACGAUGUAUUAGAACAAGAUCAAAAAUUAAUUUUAUUAGAUAAUAAAAGUCAAGCAUUAGAAGCUCGUUUGAAAGAUCUUUCACAAAAUUUUGAAGAAGCAACAGUUGAUAAAAAAGAUCAAGAAGAAACAGUUGCAAUGAAAGAAAAUCAAUUAAAAACUGCAUCUGAAUUAAAUCAAAUUUUAUCUCGUGAAUUAGAACGAACAAGUAAAAUAUUUGAAACAAGUGUAGAACGUCAAUCAACAUUAAAUGGUACAUGUGCAAUUGCAUCAGCAUUUUUAACUUAUCUUGGUGCAUUCACAUAUGGAUUUCGACGUCUUAUGUUGACUGUUCAUUGGAUUAAAUGUAUUCGAGAUAGAGGAAUGACUAUUGUUUUUGAUCAAAUAUCAAGUAUUAAAGGUCGAAUCAUAAAUUGGCAAUUAGAUCCUGUUAAAGAGAAUUUACUACAAAUAAUUGACGAACAAAAAUCCUUUAGUGGACCUGAAUAUCAUCAAAUGUUAUUUUCUUUAAUGAAAUUUUUAUUAGGUGAUCAAAUAUAUUAUGAAUGGUUAAGUGACGGAGUUUUACCAUCAGAAAUGGAAAAUCAUACAAUAAUUAUUAAAUCAAUUGAAUAUCCUCCACUUCUUAUUGAUCCAUUUGGACAAUAUGAUCAAUGGAUGGAAAAAUAUUAUAAUCUUCAAAAAAUUCAUUUUGAUGAUCAAUCAAAACAUGAUGUUGUAAUGUCAAUUGAACAAUCAUUUUUAUCUGGUUCAAAAAUUUAUAUAAAAAAUUGUAAUACAUUAGAUAGUCUUCUAUAUCCAUUAGCACAAUGGAAAGCAACAUCACACGAAUCAAAUUCUAAUGAUGAUUCAAAUUUAAUAAUUUAUUGUGGUCGUCGUUUAUAUUGUAAUCCAUCAUUUCGUUUUUAUUUUCAUACAACUUGUGAUUCACUUGAUAAAGUUUCAUCAUCAUUAUCAUUAUUAACAACAUCUAUUAAUUGUCAAUAUAGUGUUGAAACAUUAUUAGAUGAUUUACGACAACAAAUUUUUCAACGUAUUCAACCAAAUUUAUAUUACAAAAAAUUAUCAAUUUUUCGUUUAAUACUUUUAUGUCAACUAAGAAUUGAAGCAAUUGAUUCAUUUCUUAAAUCAAAUGCAGUCAGUGAUGAAUUCGAAGGUGAUCGAGUAAUUUUAACAUCUGUUGCAUUGGAAAGAAAAUAUUUAUUAGGUGGAAUAGUUGAUCAAGCUAAUGAAAUUCUAGAUACAAUUGAAUCUUAUCAUGAUUAUUAUUUUCCUUAUGCACAACAUGGUGCUUUACUUUAUUCAGUUCUUCAACGAAUAAAUCUUCUUGCUCCUAAAACUUAUCAUUUCUCUAUUGAUAUUAUUUAUUCAUUAUUUGAUCAAUUUAUUCCAUUAAAUGAGAAAAAACCUCCUGAAGAUAAAAAUCUUUGGAAAGAUGUUGAAGAUACAAAAUACCCACAACUUCCAUCAUUAAUUGAAACUAAUGAAUUAAAGAAAGAGGAAUUAGCUACACCUGAUCAAAAACAAAUAGAUGACAAUUUAAAGAAAAUAAUUCAAUCAUUUAUUAAAAUAAUCUUACCUCAAUUAUCAAUUGAUGAUCGUUUAGAAUUUUUAAUUCUUCUUCAAUUAUUAUUAAAAACAGCAGUUGAAAGUAGUGAUGGAAAAAGUGAAAUACUUCAAUUAGAAUUAUUAGCAACUGGUUUACCAAGAGUUGAUAUUCAAUCUUUAUCCUAUCCAUCAACAUUAACAAAGAAACCAAUUUGGAUUCAAUCAGAUCUUAUUUGGUUUGAUAUUGUUUCAUUAUCAAAUUUAUUUAGUCAAGAUGAUCAAUUACAUCAUCUAUCCGAAUCAAUUUUAAAAAAUGAUCAACAAUGGAAAACUUGGUAUGAUAAUCCUCAAUUAAAUUCAUUUCCUAAUUUAAAUAAUCAACAAUUUUCUCAAAUUGAAAAACUACUUAUUAUUCGUCUUUUAUGUCCAGAACAUUUUAUUUAUGCAUUAGCUCAAUAUGUGGUUGAUCAAUUUGAUUUAAAUACAAUUCAAAUAACUGAUUUUGAUUUUCAAGGUGUUAAUAUUAUUACAUUACCAAAUAUUCCAGUUAAAUCAAGAAUACCAGGAGAAUUUUUAAUAAAUAACUUUGAUUUUCAUGUUUAUCUUGAAGAUAUUUUAAAAACUAAAGGAAAAAAAAUAAAUCAAAUUGAUUGUCAAUUUACAAAUAUAGUUUAUGAUCUAACCGAUAAUGAUAUCGUAUAUUUAAAAAAUGUUCAUCAAUCAUCUUUUUCUACUCUUAUUAAACAAAUUCGUUCUAAAGGUCAACAUGACGUUGUCAUAACAAAAGAUGCAUCUGUCGAUUUAAUUUAUCUUGGUGCUCGUCUUCAUCAUUAUGAUUGUUUACUUGAAGGAAAAGAUUCUUUAUCAAAUUUAUUAUAUAAAAAUUCAAAUAAUUAUAUUCGAGAAAUAAUUGGUCAAUUAAUUUCUAAUAGUUCAUCUGUACUGAAUCAAUGUCAAGGUGAUGAACUUACAAUUGUCUAUGGUUCAAUAUUAAUUCAAUCAAUACUUGUUUAUUAUCAACAAAUAUUUGAACAAAGUACUUUUACACUUCAAUGGACAAGAAAUUUUCCACAAUUUGUUUUAAAUAUAAUUAGAACUAAUAAAGAUCAAAAUCUAAUGAAAAAUUUAAUUGAAAUGACAUUUCCAACAGAUUCACCAUUGGUAACAAAAUUAUUAAAUGAAUUAUUUCAACAAAUUUCAUCAAAAACCUCACUUAAAUUAAAUGAAUUUCAAUUUGAAAUUCCACAAAAUUCAAGUCAAUAUAAUCUUCAAUGGUUUUUAUCCAAACAUGGAAAAAUAAAUUUUCAUUUUAAUGAUUAUCCAUCAAAACAAAAAACUCUUCAACAUCAAUUUUAUCUUUUUACCGAACAAUUAAAUAAAUUAUGGCAUGAUAAAUCCGAAAAUAUUUUUCAAAAAUUAAAUAUUUCAUUAAUUCAUGAUAAUAUUCAUUUAUUAAAAGAACGUUUACCACCUAUUUUAAAUUUACCAUCAAUUAAAGAUUUUAAACAAGAUCUUAUUAGUAUUGCUCUUUAUCAGGAAAUGAUUUAUUUUAAUAAACAAAUGGAAUGUAUAACAAAAGAUAUAAAUGAAAUGGAAGAUAUGUUAUCAUAUGGAAAUUUAUUAUUAGAAAAUAAUUCGAAAUUUAAAACAAUUGGAUUGCAUCUUCAACGAAAUAAAGUUCCAUCAAUAUGGUUUUCAAAUAAAUCAUUUGCACCAAAAUCUAUUUCAAUUAUUCAAUUUAUUCAUCAAUGUCGUCAUCGUUUUAAUGAAUAUUAUUCUUGGAUGAAUGGUUUGAAAGAUAUUGAAAAAAUUGAUUCACAUUGUAUACAUCGUUCUGAUAAUUUAAUUCAAUUAAUGUGUCUUUCAGAAGCAUUAAAACUUAACGUUACACAAGACAAAAUUCGAUGUGUUGGUCAAUUUGCUUUAGCAAAAGAUAAAAAAUAUACAUCACAAAAUCGUCAUUUAAUUUUAAAUGGUUUAACAAUUGUGAAUGGAAUUGUUGAAAAUAAUAAUCGAAUUAAAUCCAUCAGUGGAACAACAAAUACUUGUCCAUCAAUAGAAAUAUUCGCUACAGAUUCGAAAAUCGAUGGAUAUGGAUGUCCUGUUUAUGGAACAUCAUCAUCACGUCUUGAUGCUCCAUUAUUUUAUUUAAUAACUAACGAAGUAUUUGAUCCUAUGACAUAUAUUGUUUUUCAAAAUGAUAAUGAAGACAUUGAAAGACUUCCAUUUCCAACAGUUAUUCGUCAAGAACAAGAAAAACCACUAUUAAAUAAAAGUGAACUAAAUUCAUUUCGAGAAAUGUCUCCCGUAUCACAAUUAUCACAAUCAUCUCAUCGAUCAAAUACACCUUCAGAAAAAGACAUACACAGAGAUGAACCUAUGUUAGGUUUUGAAUAA